CUUCGCCUUUCUCCAUUUUCAAACUGGUGGAAAGGAAGAGCGGUGGAAGCAGAGAGGUGGGGCAAGUGGGUGUGUGUUCACAUGAGGCGCUCGUCCUCUCCUUGUGUGGGUGCAGACAGCUGCUGCGGUUUGCAGACGCAGAAGAGAAAAGUUGAGCAAAGUCUGAGUGCUCUCCAGCUGCCAAAGCACACAGCAACUCCCUUUCAGAGGAAGCUUCCUUUUUGAAGCGCCUUCUUACUCAUUCACCCUCUUUUACACCCACUUACACACGCACACGGCCCAUUCCGGUUGAGAGAGAACAGGACUACUUGAGGCUUCAUCCUCACCUUUACCUUCAGCUACUCUGCCAGCCAACCAGACGAGGCUUGCCCAGGAUGUGGACUCUUCUCUUGGGGGUCACCUUAGGACAUCUGGCCUACUGUAGGUCAGAGCAACUUCAAGUCAAUUCUCGCAGCUGCAGCUAUGCCGGAGUAUUUAUUGUCGAAGGUGAAGCUCGUCACUCUCUCACCUUUGAGAAUGCUCAAAAGGUGUGCAAGCAGCUACAGACGACAAUGGCAAGUCCAGAGCAAGUCGAACGGGCCUUUGACAAAGACAUGGAAACCUGCAGGAACGGCUGGAUCAGCAACAUGAGCUACGCUAUCCUCAGACACACACACCACGAGAACUGUGCUGUGAACACGACCGGUUUAUUCAUUUAUUCUCGUGACGACCCAAAUGAAGGUCUUGAUGUUUACUGCUAUGAUGAAACAGCUGGGCCCGAGAUCAACUGUGAGAAGGCAUUUACAAAUUAUGAACAAGUGAUUGCUUCCACAGAGCCUGGGCUGCAGGUGUCCACCCCAGCAGAGUCAGGACACUUUGUUGGGGGAACUGUUACGACACCAUCCCCUGUGUCGGGGGAAGCCACAGAACAGACAACAGUGGAAGAUAGUUCACUCGGAUGGGGCGACAAUGAGAGUGCCCUGUUCCCACUCACUCCCGGAGGCUUCGAUCAGUCCACCGGAUCUGGGCUACAGCCACCCGGGUCUGAGGAAGAUACACUGUCAACCCUCGCCCCUGUAAGUGAGACCGAUGUCCCGCAGCCCCUUCCAGACGACAAAGAGGAGGGUGUGAAAUUGCAGCCUGAAAAUGAGGAUGCCAUAGCGGAGCCUACACAACAACCCCCACACGGCAAGAAAAGGAUGAAUGAAGUUGUGCCGGGGGAUCAACGGGAGGGCAACAAUUCCACGAACUGGCUCGUCAUCAUCCUGGUGCUUAUAGCAGUUGCCGCAAUCCUCUUUGUGUGUGUGGCUUUUGCCAAAAGAAAGAGCUGGUGCGGCAAGAAACAAACUCUGAUGAUCACCUCCAAAGAGAGCGAGGGGAAUGGAGCAGCGGGAGCUGGAGCUUCCAGCUCACAGGCCCAGGAGAGGGAGCAGGAAAUGGUGACCCUCAUGAACAAGGAGAAGAUCCAGGAGAACGGCAACACUGAGGAGUUCACCGUCAUCAAGCUGGAGGAGACGCCUGAUAAAGAGGCGUGAGGGAGAAGGUGCAGGCAGUGGAAGGGGGAUUUGGGUCGGGCGGUUGAACAGGUGGCGUUCGAAAUUGCUUUGGUGGUCAGCACUGGAUGGACACUGAGUGGGUGUUAGCACAUAGAUAUGAGUGAGUGUGUGCGUUUGCGUGUGAGAUGUCAAAAUGUAAAAGUGGCACUGUACUGCAGCAAGGCUGCUGGGUCUUUCCAACCCUCGUGUGCGGCAUAUUGUUUCUCCAGUGCACGUUUUAAGUGAGGACGGGGAUGUGAAGUGGGUGUGAGCUUGUCGUGUGCUAAUGUUUGUGCAUGUGUUUUGUGUGUUUAGGACAAAGGGGAUGGGUGGGGGAGGGGCGGGGGAGCAGAGAGACAGAUUGGAAUGAUUUGGUCAAUGAAGAUGUUGAUUACAUUUUUGUUUUUUUUAGAAGCGAGCGUCAAAACGCACAUCAGCCAACUCGACAAAAUGCCCUAUGACAAUGACAUUGCAUUUGAAAAAA